AUGGGCGGCGGCGGCGGCGGCGGGAGCCCGGCAGCGAGCGGCGGCGGGAGCAGCAGCGAAGAUGACGGGGACGCCGAGUGGAAGGAGGCCAUUGACUCCAUCGCCUCCGUUGGAUUCAGCGUCGCUUCGUCCAACGGCGCGGCGAAGGCAGCCUCUGGCGGCAGCGGCGAGGUGAACAACGGCGUGGAGCUGGAAGAGACGCAUGAGGGGAAGCCACAGGGUCCUGGGCUUAAGCUGUACCAGAUCAAGGUAAGAAACAUGUUGGAUGAUAUGUUAGAGAAAAACCUUGAAAUAGUCAAAGCUCCAUGCUUGAACUUAGUAGACCCCACGGAAACAGGAGGAGGAAUAAAGUUAUUUAAAAAAGCGCCACCUGGUAUUAGCAUGGAUUCUAUGGAUAAACUGCAUGUACAACUCAAGAGACCAAGAAUUGUGCCUGGGGAAGAGGUCGAUGAGAAAUCAAAGAAGUUCAGGCAUAUGCUCCGGUCUGUUGUUGUCGAUGGCAGUGACAUAGUUGUUUCUGCAAAGGAAGCAUCUGAGAGAUCAUUGGCUAGAUUGGAAGCGAGAGAAGCUGCAGCAAAGGCAAAAGCCAAGAGGGAGGAAGAAAGGGUGCAGGAACUGAAGAAGGUUAGGGGAGAGAAAUGGCUUCCUUCUGUUGCUAGACAAAUGAAGGAGGAAAAAGCUUGGGAGCUGCGAAGGCAAUGA